AAAACAGUCAAAAUGUUUUCUCCUCGAAGUUUUUUAAAAAAAUUCAAAAGAAAUCACAAUAAAACUGAAAAUUUUGAAAACUCAAAUGAAAAAAUAAAUGAAGGAUCCAUUAACUAUGAUAAUGAUGAAAACACAAGAGCGGCCUUGGUGGAAAUUUUAAUUUAUGUAAUUUUUUUAGUGGCAAUAACAUUUGUCGCCAAUGCUGCUCAGCAUUUGCAUAUGUUCUAUUUCAAUCAAACUUUAGAAAGAUCAUUUCUAGAGAGAACUUUAGAAACCAAUUUGGGUACAGAAUUGAGUUUCAAUGAGCUGGUAACAACAGCUGAUUGGUGGUUAUAUAUGGAAAGAGUUUUCCUGGCCAAUUUACAUGGUCUCAGCUAUGAUUGGCAAAGCGAAGAUGAUGAAAAUGUAACGGAAAUUGAAACUAGAAAAAAUUAGUUGAAAUACAAGUUGGUCCAAGGAGUAGGCUGGUCGGAUCUCAAGAUAAUGGCUCCAAGUUCAAUAUGUUUGAAGUUACUAGUUUAUCACGCAUCUUCUUAAGAGACAAUAUUCUAUUAGGACCUCCUCGUUUAAGGCAAAUACGGGUUCAAGAAAAAUCUUGUGAAAUUCAUGAAGUUUUUCUAACAUAUUUUAAUAGUUGUUAUACGGGUUAUAGUAUAGAUAAGGAGGACAUUCAAGGAGUGUAUAUGAAUUCAACAUUUUAUACGAUGUCAGAAUUGCAAGUAAACGUAUUGUAUGGUAAAAUCAAAAAAUAUUAUGGAGCUGGUUAUUUGGUAAAUUUAAGUAAUGAUUUUGAGGAAAAUCAUAAAAUCUUAGAAAACUUAAAAACAAGCCAAUGGAUUGAUCGUGGUACACGAGUUAUGUUAAUGGAAUUUGUUUUAUUUAAUAUAAAUACAAAUAUUUUUAAUAACGUUAAAAUUAUAGCUGAAAUACCACCUGUUGGUGGAAUUGUUCCCUCACAUCAAUUUCAGGCCUUGAAAUUGCACACUCUUUGGACUGAGGGUGAUUGGUUUUUAUAUGUCAUGGGUGGUCUUUUCUAUAUUAUGGUUGUAUUUUAUACCAUUAAAGAAUUUAUACAAUUUUCGAAAAUGGGAGCGAAAUUAUAUUUUUCUUCGAUUUGGAAUUUUAUGGAUAUUCUAGUAUUGAUGUUUUCAUAUUUAUCUCUCAUCUAUAAUUUAAUACAUCCUUGGUAUAUAUCCGUUAUCAUUCAGAGGACCAAAGCUAAACCCCAUGAAUUUGUUAGUAUCGACUAUAUCUGCUAUUGGAAUCUACUCUAUAUCGAUAUGAUGGGUAUAUGUGUGUUUUUGGUGUGGAUUAAAAUUUUUAAAUAUAUAAGUUUCAAUAAAACCAUGUGGCAAUUUAGUACCACCUUGAAAAGGUGUGCCAAGGAUCUGUUUGGUUUUGCUGUUAUGUUUUUCAUUGUCUUCUUGGCUUAUGCUCAAUUGGGUCUAUUAAUUUUUGGUUCCAGCCAUCCGGAUUUUCGACGUUUUAGUGUAUCGGUUAUAACUUUAAUGCGCAUGUUUUUGGGUGACUUUGAGUAUCAGCUGAUAGAGGAGGCAAAUCAUGUUUUGGGACCCAUUUACUUUUUGACCUACGUUUUAUUUGUUUUCUUUAUUUUACUGAACAUGUUUCUGGCCAUUAUCAAUGAUACUUAUGGUGCGGUCAAAAGUGAAGUCUAUAAAGGUCACUCUGAUUUUGGUGCAUAUUUAUCGCGUUUAUUUCAAAAAUCUUAUAUGUGGUGUUUUCCACGAAAAAAUCUUCACGCUGAAAAAGAUGAAAUUGUUUCAUUAAAGGAUAGACAGGAAAUAUCUGAAAGUAUUGAUUCAUUAUAUCCAGCUUCUACGAAUGAAUUCACUACUCAACCCUCUUCACCCAGUCGCGUUAGAAAGCGUGCCAGUGAGGUUUUAAGAGAAUACUUUGAGGAGCUUUCGGAAAUUCAAUUGUCACCUAUAAUUUCCGAACACAAUGCAGAUUUUCAAGGUUUAAAUAAGCGUAUUACUUUAUUGGAAGAGGUCUUAGAACAAUUGAUUAAUAAUAUGGAUCGUAUUUUAAAUAAGAUUGAGUCAAAGCAAUUAAAGAAAAAAACUUAAACUCCAAACCCCAAAUUAUUGUUUGUUAAUAAUCG